AUGGAUUUCUUCUCAAGCCACCACCCACCAACCCCUAACAGGCGCCACCCACCCCCUAUCCCCCACCGUUGCCACCACCCACCGACCCCACACCGGCACCACCAACCACCAACCAUCCACAGGCAUCACGACCCACCGACACCCCACCGACGCCAUCACCCACCGACCUCUCACCGACACCGCAACCCAUCGACCCUACACUGGCAUCACAGCCCACUGACCUCCCACCAGCAUCACCACCCACCGACCUCCCACCAGCAUCACCACCCACCGACCUACCACCAGCAUGGCACCACCACCCACCGACCCUCCACUGGCACCACCACCCACCAACUCUCCUUUGAGCAGGCUUACCACCCACCGACCCUCAACCCCUGGCACCGGACCCACCACCGACCGGAACUCACGUGGCACCACCACCCACCAACCCUCUCCUUUUGGCCACCACCACACCGACCCCGGCUCCAAACCGGCAUAACACCACCCACCGACCCUUAA